AUGAAAAUUAAUAAAUAUCUUUCCCCUUUAGUAGUAUUAGCUUUAUAUUCCGCUGUAGUUUGUGAUUCAACUACAAAUAACAACAGCAUUGAUGUACCAAAUGACAUAAAUAAAAUCGAUGCUAAUAAUAAUCCAGUAUCAGAUAACAUAAAUAAAGAAUCUGGUGAUGAAAAUAGUGGAUGCAAUUGUAAUGAUAAUAAAAAUUCCAACUCAUCAAGUUCAGAAAAACCAUGCUUAUCUUGCAAUGAUAAAAAUGGAGAAAAGGAUGCUACAUCUGGUACUGGAGAUAACCCAACAAAUAUAUUAAACCCAAAUUAUGCAGAUGAUAUUUUUGGUUCUGUUAUUGCAAAUAUUAAUACAAGUGAUAAUGGUGAUUAUAAAGUUAAGUAUGAAGAUUUCAAAAAUAAAUAUGAUAAUCUUAUAGCUAUUGAUCAAACAGAAUUUGAAAUAUUUUCAAAACUUGUUGAAGGAUUUAUGAAAACUAAUAAAGAAAUUAAUUUAAGCUCAGACUAUUUAUAUGAUGUACUUACAAAAACACUUUCUGAUAAAGCAUUUAAAGAUGAAUUUAAAAGCUUUAUGAAUAAUAUGUAUAAUUUUGUUAAAAAAAAACACGAAGGAAAAUUAACUACUGAGACUGAUAAACAAUACAUGGCAUUAUUUGAAAAUGUCUUAUCCUUACUCAAUUCCAUGUAA